GCGUUUCACGUCUGUUUUCGAACGGUCAACAACGGAUGGGAUCGGAUCGCAUCGCAUCGCGCGAUCACCAGUUGUCGCCAGCGCCAUUUAGAAACCUAUGAAUUGAGCAAACAAACAUCUUUCACGGCUUUUGUGGCCAAUGGUCCAAAUCCAAUAGACUCCAUUCCACUCCACUCCACACCACACCAAUCCAAGCCGCCUGUGAUAAGUGCCCGCCUCUGAACUUGUAAAUCCGUUGUGUGUCAGCAAAACGCUAGGCUGUAAAAUAAUCAAGCAAAUAAAAUGAAAGUCCCCACGCGCAACUCAAAAUACUCAUUCAAUUUGAAAAUAUUCAAGUUGCAUAACGAUAAGAAACCGACCAGCCCCAGUCCGCCAACCUCACCUGUGAUCUCAGCUAAGCGAAGCUCAUGGCGCGCUUCGUGGCGCUCAGCUCUGGGCUCCAAGAGCAAGUCCAUCGCAACGACCUCGGAUAGCAGCGGAGAUCCCAUUGAUUUGGAGGCGGAACCAGCGUAUUUCGAGCGCAGCAGGUGCCAUAGCCACUGCCACUCCUCCUGCACCGAACCACCGUUUCCCGCCAUCCAAAUUCCCCAAGGCGAUGAGCUCAUGUCGAUGCCAUGGUUUGGCAUGGACAUCGGCGGAACCCUCACCAAGUUGGUCUACUUCGAGCCCAAGGACAUAACGCCGGAUGAGCAGGAUCGCGAGGCUGGCAUUUUGCGGAACAUCCGACGCUACUUGACCAAAAACUCGGCGUACGGCAAAACCGGACAUCGUGAUACGCACCUACAGAUGGACAAUGUGGAGAUACGCAAAAGACGUGGCUCCUUGCAUUUCAUUCGCUUCCAGACCACGGACAUGGGCAACUUUCUAUCGCUGGCCAAGCAGAAGGGCAUGGCCGAGCUGGUGACAACGGUUUGUGCCACCGGCGGUGGAGCCUUUAAGUUUGAGCAGGAUUUCCGCGACCAGGUCAACAUGAAGCUGGCAAAAUUCGAUGAACUGGACACGCUCAUCAAGGGCAUUCUCUUCGCCGAUCUGCACAAUCGCACGGAGUGCUACUACUACGAAAACGCACGUGACAUUCUAAAAAGCGAAAAGAAACAGUUCAAUUUCUCCCAACCGUUUCCGUUUAUUCUGGUGAACGUCGGAUCCGGAGUCUCCAUCCUGGCGGUCUAUGGUCCCGACAACUACAAGCGCAUUUCGGGCACAAGCUUGGGCGGCGGUACAUUCCUCGGUCUGUGUUGUCUACUCACCGGCUGCACAUCCUUCGAAGAGGCUAUCCAACUGGCUACCAAGGGUGACAAUAGGAAGGUUGACAAAUUAGUUAAGGACAUUUAUGGCGGCGAUUACAACCGCUUUGGUCUCCCCGGCGAUUUGGUGGCGUCAAGCUUUGGCCAGAUGCACCUCAACGACAAACGGGUUUCAGUAUCACGCGAGGAUUUGGCCAACGCCACUCUGGUCACCAUAACAAAUAAUAUCGGCUCCAUAGCAAGGAUGUGUGCGCUGAAUGAGAAGAUCGAUAGGGUCGUCUUUGUGGGCAACUUUCUGCGAGUAAACCCCAUUUCCAUGAAGCUGCUGGCGUACGCAAUGGAGUUCUGGUCCAAUGGCACAAUGAAGGGUCUUUUCUUGGAGCACGAGGGAUACUUUGGUGCUCUGGGUUGCCUGCUCCAGUUCAACGGCGAGCUGGCAGCCGCCCUUAACGACGGGGUGGAGCAUCCAAUCCACACAGCAUCGGAUGCAAGCGAAGUAGCACCGACGUCUUCUUCGGCGGACGAACCACCAGAAAAAGCGCCAACAAGCAAACACUCCACUAGAUAGUCGCUAUAACCACAUGUUCCUCCCGAGGGCACCCAACGUGCGCCAGCCGAUGUAGUGCAUGUACAGUAGACUUAAGAACAAUAAGGCAAUGGCAAUGACUCUUUGAUCAUUUGCAGUUUAUCUCGGUAUUUAUCGUAAUUCUUUCUCGGCUUUAGUUGUAACUUGAGGACGCACAAAUUGUAAAUGCAUGAAAUUACUGUACGGAUAAAGUGCCUGCUGGAAAGCAACGAAUUUUGGCCCGAUCAAAUGCCGAACCAAAAUUGAUGUCUUAACUUUUUCUCCGCGUAUCAUUGUACCAUGUUACUACCACGCUAUCUUCGUCAGUUUCGGUAGAUUUUAGUUACUAUUCUACAGUGAUAGAUGUUAGCUCUCGGAAAAGUAUUACAAAUACUUGAUAACAGAAACGCAAUUGAAAAUAGUCUGGCGCGCAACAAAAUAAAGAGCAGGUAUAGCAUCCACCUAAUGAUUUGCCCUUGUCCUUUGACAAUAUUCAUGCAUUCUUUUAAGUUAUUAUCUUUUUUGUACAUGCUUUAAGUGGAUGUUUAAAGUUUUCUUUUUAGAAUAUAAGUUUGUGGUCAUGUUAUUAUAGGAUCCAAUUUGUCGGCAGGUCAAUAAAACUUGUUUUACACAA